AGUCACUUUGCUCGAGGAAUGAUUCCAGGUGCCUGUCAAACUCUUGCCAAAAGAACUCUACGUGCAUUGCUGGUCAUAAAGACAAUACCUGUCCUUGUGCAGAUGCACCGGUGGACAGUGUGGAGGAACUCUGCAAUAAAACCUCUGAUCCUUGCUUCUCCAACCCUUGUCUGCAGAAUGCUACCUGUUUAAGCUCUGCUGGAAACCUCAGCUUUACUUGUGAGUGCCCAGCUGGGUAUAAUGGUCCUACCUGCGAAAUAGCUGUCAGCAUGUGUGACACAAACCCUUGUGAGCAUGGAGGCACCUGCCAAAACGGCCUGGCUGGGCCCACCUGCCUUUGUAGCACAGGAUACACAGGUACACUCUGCGAAAUGGACUUGGAUGAAUGCAUUUCCGAACCGUGCCACAACGGAGCAGUGUGCAGGGAUGGGGUUGAUGAAUACUCCUGCUACUGCGUCCCAGGCUACCAAGGCAAGCACUGUGACCUGGAAGUGAACGAAUGUGUGUCAGACCCGUGCCUGAACGGGGCAACAUGUCUCAACCAGGUAGGACAGUACGACUGCAUCUGUCCGCUUGGGUACACAGGUACAAACUGUGAGCUGGAAAUAGAUGAGUGCUCAUCACAGCCAUGCUUGAACGGUGCAACCUGCUGGGAUUCCCUGGGGAGCUUUACCUGCUCCUGCGCACCAGGGUUUCUUGGAGACCUCUGCAAAACCAACAUCGAUGAGUGCGUCAGCCAGCCGUGCCUCAAUGGGGGACAGUGCAUAGAUGGUGCCAAUGGAUACAACUGCAACUGUACCAGCACUGGAUUUAUGGGUGUACACUGUGAGACCCUAACUCCCUUAUGUUGGUCACAACCAUGCUACAAUAACGGCACUUGUGAGGACAACGCUGACAAUUACACGUGCCACUGCUGGCCAGGCUACGCAGGUUUGCGUUGCGAGGAGGACAUCGGGGAGUGCAGCAGCAGCCCCUGCCUCUCUGGUGGCGACUGCGUGGAGCGUUCCUGGGCAGGCCACUACGGGAGCAUCCCAGGCCUGCCGCUGGCCUUCAGCUAUGACAAGGCUGAGGGCUACAUCUGUAGCUGUAAGCCAGGCUUUACCG